UGACUGUACAGAGGAAUCGACUAAUCAUGUGCGUUUAUCUCUGAUUGGCCCUUCGCCCUUACAUAUGACGUAUGACGUAUGAAGUGCGAGAGUCAGCGUACGCGUGUCUCUUUCAUCAGUACAUAACCUUCUACAUUCCCGUUCGUGUUCAUGCAUCGGAUUCUUUGCCAUCGAUAUUAGCAACAAGCAGCUGAUAGUGAUAAACAGUCACAAUAUGUCUGUUUACGAUAAAAUUUGUCAUUAUCAACGUAAUUUAGAGAAAUGCGGUGAUAAUGAGGAUCGAAUAUUACAUUGUAUUUCAAAGUUGUAUAGUCUACCAGUGACAGUACAGCAUCUUCAAGAUACAGGUGUAGGCAGGACUGUGAAUAGUUUCAGAAAGUACGAUGGUAGUGUAGGUGAUGCUUCUAAGGCUUUAGUUUGCAAAUGGAAAAGAAUGGUAGCAGAUGAAGCAAGUAGUGAUGGAGAAGAUGAAAAGAUGAACUGUGUACUUGAUAUUCACGAAGUUAGCACUGAUAAUGAAGAUUUACCAAAGUUAGAAUGUAAACAGAAUAGUUCUUCGUAUGAUGAAGCAUCAAACUCAAAACAUGUGCAUAAGGGAAACAAAAAUGAGCCAUCUACAGAACACAAUACAAUGCAAUCAUCCAAGUUAAAAUCAGAGGAAAAGCAUGAAAAAAGUGGACAUUCUUCCAAACAUUUACAGAGAAAGAAGUCUAAGGAAUCGACAAACAAUGAUAAAUCGAAAAAAAACAGUGACAAGAUGGCUGAAAUUAAAGAAGACAACAGAAAAAGAAAAAUAGAUAAUUUGAAUUCCUCAACAGAAGAAAGCAAGAAAAGAAAGUUAUUAAAUAACAAAAUUGAUGAUGAAAAAUCUCAGUUAUCAAUUUCAGAAAAGAAUUAUUCCCAUUCAAAAUCUUCUGUAAUUGAGGUAAAAAGUAUAAAAGAUGAGCAGUCUUUAGCAAAUAAUAAAAACAAGGAAGAUGAUAAACAGAAAAAGCAUUCGCAGGAAAAAUCCAGGAGCAGUUCUAAUAAGUUUAAAUCUGAUGAAUCAAACAGUAAAUCAAAGGAAAAUAGUGAGAAACAAAAAUAUAAAACAAAAGAACAUACAAGUCAUAAUAAACAUGAUAAAAAAAAGGAUUCCAGUCAUCAUUCUAGCAAGGAAAGUUCCAAAUCAAGAGUCAGUUCCUCUAGCAAUAAGGAUCAUGUUAAGAGUAAAGAUGGGGACAAGAAAAAAGAGCACAAAGAGGACAAGAAUAAAUAUGAGAAGAAAGAAACGAAGAUUAGAUUAAUGCAGGAAAUAAAAGGCAAUGAAGGAAUAGAUUGCAAUUCUGGUGUGUUGAAGAUAUAAUUGUACUAAUUAUUAAUUUACUUAUAUUAUGCUAAAUUUUA